UGUAAAGCGUCAAGAAUUACUUCUGCUUUGUGUGUUUAUAACUUUAUAUAGAUUCAAAUGAUGUUAUUGUCUUCUAUUAGAAAUGUAACUGCUUCCCGCUCAAAAGUUCAUUCGUUUUUAUAGCAGACGAACAAGCAAGUUAACGCCAGAACAAUGUUGGUAGCGGUUGUAUGGAUUGCUUUAUUUUCUGUAAGCCAUGGAGGAACAAAAAUACCCGAAACCACCAAUGUCAUCUUUAGUAUGAUAGAAGGGGACAUGAGCUGGAACGAGGCUUCCGUGGAAUGCCAAACACGUGGUGGCCGUCUUCUUAAUAUAUAUGAUGAAGUUCGGAAAAUUGCAACCUCCUAUUAUGUUAGACACAUGAAAGAUUCCAGUGUUUUGUCGUCUGCCUUCUGGAUAGGAUUGCAUGAUGUAAAUGGUAGCAAUACAGAUGGUAUUUUCAAGUGGUCAGACUGCAGCGCCAUAACGUCUUCAUAUUGGUCGACCACAACACAGGCGAACGGUGAAUUCUGUGUAUCUGCCAGCCAAUUUGAUCUGUCAUGGAAAAUUCGUCCUUGUACUGACAAACUGCCUGCUGUAUGUGAAAAUCGUCAACCAUGUUCUUGUAAACUUAGUUUUGAUUCUGACAAUUGUGCUGAUUUAGAAACCUCUGUCAGCUCAACAAAACUUGGACUAUCAGAGGAGGACUGUAAGACUCAGUGUCUGCUGCAUGUCCGGUCUAAUGAGCAGUGCUGGGGUAUAUCUUAUGAUCCCAGCACGUCAACUUGUAUUCUACAUGAAAGACUACAGACAAAAAAAACAUGCACUCUUCCUCUAAGAUAUUAUAGGAAGGCUUGUUUUUCUUACCGUGCCGAUCCUUUCCCACGUAAAAACACAAUUUUCACCAACACUGACGUGAACCCGGAAUCUGUGUGUACCACAGGUGAUGACCCAAUUGAAUCUAGCAUUGAUUGUAAUUACACACUGUCGGUGGACAUUACACCUCCACCCUGUUCCUGUCCUAAAUGUGGAUCACAGGUGUCUGGUUUACCUGAUUUCUGGGGUAACAGUACAUUACAAGAACAAAUUGAUUGGCUUGUAACAAGCCUGAAAGUAGAUAAAACUAAUACUUCUAUCAUGCGCCGAAGGAAAUACAGUGCUACCGAUUCUCGUGUGACUGCAGCCAGUAUUGGCUAUGCAGGAGCUGCCAUUUUAAUACUGGUUGUCAGCGGUAUUGUUAUUUUAGAUAUGAACAGACUAUGGAGAGAUAUCAAACAGGCAUUUAAAGGAGUACACAUGUACAUAUUAAAUAAAAAAUGAUUCCAUUUGAUGGGUUGAAAACCAAGGGUUUUUCCAGAUAUAAAUGUACAAAGCUUGAAGACACAUUACAAAACUUUAAAAUCUCAUGAUUUCCAUUUUAAAUACAUGUAUGUUUAAAUUUUGUAUUAAAAUUUUCAUGGUUUUAUUGAUUUGUGUCCUUUGUUUAAAAGUUGUGUAAUUGCACUAGAUUUUCGUCAUAUAUGUUUCCAAAUACAUAUAACUUUCAAGCUUCUGAAUUAUGAAGUCGACCUUUCAACAGUGAUAUGUGUUUUAUGCUCCUGUGAUCAGAUCAAAGACUGGAG